AUGUCCUCCCUUAAGGCUUUUCACCCCAAGCUAAAUCGCCCAAGUGGAUGGCGUCUACCAGCCUAUCAGUCAACGACUUCUGGCGAUUCGCCCUAUCCGGGCUUGACUUCCGAACAGGUCCCUUCUUCUCGACCGGCUACUACGACUGGAUCGGAGCUCAGUUUCCCCCCUGCUACUACACACUUGGAGCAAAUUAGGGAAACCCGGGAUGCCCUUCAGGCCCUUUGGCUGGAGCGUCCUUGCCGCUACGACAGCUAUAUCCUCCCCAUUCCUACGCUUCCCAACAGAAGAAGGAACCGCGGUACUCACCUUGGUCUUUCUCCACUAGAUACUGAUGACAAUUUCUUCCUCAUCUUCUCUUUCUCCUCCUUACUUCGUUUCUUCGGUCUCUUCUUUACAUCCUUCUCAUCCGCCUCUAGCUCCGAAGAAUCUGACGUAACAACUUCUCCUUUCUCCUCGACCGGAGCCUCUCGAAUUCCUUCUCCUCCACCGGACCCUGAUUGGCCUCUGACCUCCUCUUCUCCAACCACUUCCUCCUCAAUUUGUCCAGCUACUACUCCUUCUCCUCUGCCGUCUCCUUGGCCGUCUGCUGGGUUAUGGCGGGCCGAAAGCCUAGACUCCGCUCGCUUAUUCCUUCCUUCCGCUUGCUCUUGCUCUUGUGCCUUCGCUUCCUCGGCUAUCUUCUUCUCUUCUGCACUUCGAAUCGCUUGCAACAUCCUAUCAGACUUUGCGAAUAGGCAGAGGAAUUGUGUGGUGGGAUGUGGAGAUGAAAACUUUGUUCAUCUCUGUCCACCACCCAUUUCUCUCUCGGCUUGUGUGACAUGUCUGCUCUACCUGUCACCUCCGAGCCUGAUGCCUAUUCGCGCCUGUCGCUUAUCCACUCUACUGAUAUGGAAUUACGUGUACCUCCGCAAGCUCUGGGAACACAAGCAAUUAAAUCUAAAUCAGACUGGCUUGGUCUUUUUUUGUGCAACUUUGAAAUGUCCAGUCAACUUUGUUAAAAAAGGAUUUUUGUCAUCAUAG